GCUGACCAUUCGAUCACAUGCAGGAGCCCAAAGCACAUGGAGAACCGCUGAAUAGCCGUCUACCAGGGUACAGGGUGCUGCAAUGGAACAAAUAUGUUUGGUUAUCCUUCUUAUAGGUAAGGCUCUUUCAGUCGGUGCACAGUUCAAUGGGUACAACUGCGAUGCCAACCACCACAGUCGCUUUCCUGCUGAGCGGGAUAUUAGUGUGUAUUGCGGGGUGCAGACGAUCACCCUGAAGAUUAACUUUUGCCCAGUGCUCUUCUCUGGGUACACUGAUGCCGACCUGGCCCUCAAUGGUCGCCACGGAGAUGCCCACUGCCGGGGCUUUAUCAACAACAACACCUUCCCCACAGUGGUUCUCUUCACCAUCAGCCUGAACACUCUGGAAUCCUGUGACAACUCUCUGGUGGUUUCCUCAGCCCAGGGCAUGAAUGCCUUUGGAAAUCUGUCCUUGGUGCAAAUUGGGAAUAUAUCAGGAUAUAUUGACACCCCCGAUCCACCAACAAUUAUCAGUUACCUGCCUGGACUGCUGUACAAAUUCAGCUGCAGCUAUCCUUUGGAGUAUCUGGUCAACAACACUCAACUAGCUUCGUCAUCUGCUGCUAUAUCUGUGAAGGAAAACAAUGGUACUUUUCUAAGCACCUUGAAUUUACUCCUGUACAAUGACUCAACGUACGCACAACAGCUCUCCAUACCAAUGGCCGGGUUGACACUAAAGACUAAGGUGUUUGCAGCAGUGAAAGCCACCAAUCUCGACAGGAGAUGGAAUGUUAUGAUGGACUACUGUUAUACAACUCCUUCUGGAAAUCCCAGUGAUGAACUUCGAUAUGACCUUUUCUUUAGUUGUGACAAAGACCCGCAAACGACGGUUAUUGAAAAUGGUAAAAGUCAAAUGGGCCGUUUUUCCUUUGAAGUGUUCCGAUUUGUCAAGCACAAAAACCAGAAAAUGUCAACGGUGUUUCUGCAUUGUGUCACCAAGCUCUGCAAGGCAGAUGACUGCCCUUUACUCAUGCCAAUCUGCGGCAGCAGAAAGAAACGAGAUCUUUCGGAGAAGGUGACCCCCAAACCUCAGAGCACCUCUGGAAACGCAGUCAUCACAGCUGGUCCAAUUAUCACCAGAAGUGAUGAAACUCCAACCAACAACUCACAGCUAGCGCAGCUAAAUGGCCCGGCCUUCCAGUUGAAUUCAGUGACAAGCGCUCUGAUCUCUGGUGUCAUUAUUCUAGGAGUUAUGAGCUUUUCUUUCUUCAUCCUCUCCCUCACCUUGCUCAAAGGGAAGCAGCACAACUCUGCAGUGCUGUCUGGAACCAGGAACCCAGUCUUCAACUAACACUCACUUUUUGUGUUAAUGUUUUUGUUUUUCUAAAACGAACUUGUUUGGGUUCGUUACAAUAUAUUAUUAUAAAAAA